AUGUGGAGGUCCUGUCAAGCUGCGUGCAGCAGGUCAUGUUUCUCGCCGACUCGCGACGCGCUGUUCGCAGUGCCGUCCGACCUGUCCGACGUGUCCACCACCUCGCCCGAGCGCCAUGACCUCCUCGUCCACUCUGAUCCUCCCACACCCCCGCUACGCCUCGCUGCGUUCCCCCUGGAGCCGCAGCUCAUGCAGCGCGACGAGUCUUCCGCCAGCGAUGCUCUGAAUCCACCGCAAGAAGCAGCGGCCGGGGAAGAUGUAGUGGCAGCAGGCGGCGCCAGAGACACGGAUGCAGCAUCGGCGUCGGCUAUUAGCCCGCUGGCUGCCGCCUCGCCCUGCAUAAGACCACUCUCGUUAGCGCGCGGCGCAGAUGCAGCAGGCGAUACAUUCGCGCUGGCCGACCUCCCGGACUCGCUGCUCUGCGACGUGCUUCGCCACUUAAAGCCCCUCGACGUGCUGCGGGUCGCGCUCGUCUCCCGCGCAUUCCGCGAUGCCGCUACGGCCGAAUCUGUGUGGGACGACAGGCUGCCCGAAAGCCUGUCUCAACUCGUACCGCAGCCAAACCCUUGCCGCAUCUCCUCCCGCCUCGCCUUCAGGGCGGUGUGCGAGGGCGUGCACGUGGACGAGGGGCGGCAGCGCGUGGCGCUGCAUGCGGGCACGGGCGCCAUGAGCCUGUGCGUGUCCGUGGCGCUCGCAGCGCGCUCCAUGCACGUGGACAUCCGCCGCGGCGGCAUGGUGCGCGACUGGCAGCGCGUCAGCGACGAGCCGCGCGCCCAUUUCCACACAUCUGUGCUGCUGCGCCCCGUGGGGGGCUACCACGUCGCCUCCACUCCUGAUGGCAUCGCUCUGCCUCGCCAGCUGCCCCCAGGGCGGUAUUCCGUGGGGUGGCGAGUGAGGGCGCAGUACGUGGCGCCAGACCUGAUGUUCCACGCCGACUCCACCUUCUCCAUCGACAACAGCUCCGCCAUCUGGCGCCGCCACUGCCAACCACUGACUGCCACGUGGCAGAUCCUCAGUGUGGGAGACGUCCUGCUGCCAUCAGCUGCUGAGCAACCGGGCAGUGACAGUCCCCAAGCGAUGAUGACCGCGGAGCUGCUGCAGCUGCAAGGGAAGUGGCCGCAGCCGCCUGUUGUGAUAGACUGCAUUGUCUUGCAGCAGCGCACGGGGUGA